ACAAAAAUGUAAACAUUUUAUAUGCUAAUAGAAGCAUAUCCUAUAAGCAUAACAAAACCAAAGUUGUCCAUUUAAAAACCUAAACUCCUGUAAUAACGUCGUAAUAAGUGGCUAAGCUAUUGAAAUACAAUGUUGGGUAUUAUUCCUGCAUCAGUUAUUCAUUACCCGUGUAUUGUUUACGCAAUCGUCAUGUUUAGUUUCGUUAAUGACUAUUUUCGUGCAUAAUUUAGUUUACAACAUGAACGCCAUGUUAUUUAAAUUGAAGGGCCCUCUUUUCUUGAACCAGAGCGACAGGAAACCAUUCCCUGUUGUUUCUUCAGGGAUGGCCCUCAAUUAUCCCUCAAACAGAGGAACGAUUUUCUGAAUGACUGACUGAAAUUAUGAAUUUCUCUUUAAUCUAAAAUACAAUAACAGCCACUUGAGGGAGACAUUACGCUGUUUUUCUGUUCGGCAGGGAUUAAGACAGUCAAAAGUGUGGCAGUUUAUGUUAAUGUUCUCCAGAUCAGUGUUUCCUCCACCUCUCUUCUCUUACCCUCCCUCAUCUGUGCUGUGUAAUCUCUUUAAGAAGUCUCUGUCCCGGGACAAAUCAGAUUAGAUUUAGGGCUGCUUUCUGUAACACUCCCAACAGCAACCACCAGCGGAUCCUCUGCAAUACUGAAUAAUGAAUUUGCACGAUUAACAUACUCUGCCUGCAAUAUGGGAACCAUCUACUACAGAAUGUAUGUGACAUAGAGAUGCAUGUGUGUGUCCUGAAAGACAGUGUUUGUAUUUGUUGCCUGUUUGAAAGCGUGUGUGUAGAGGAGUCAGCAGGUGCCUGGUAGCUCCUUCCUCUGACCUUGGAUACAGAGAGAUGGGGAGAGAAAGAGGACAGUGUGUGUGUGUGGUGUGUGUGUGAAGCGGUGGAGCUAAUUCCUGCACUGCAGCUGUGUAUAUGAUACCAGAGUUAAUGUGGCACCAACAGCUCUAGAUCCACUUGGGAACUUGCCAGAGAAAAACAGAGCGAGAGACGAGGAAGGAAAGCAUGUCAGGGACGUGUACACACCGCAGAGAAUCAGCACGCACUUGCCUUGUGUUCUGUAAUCCUCUGCUCUCAAACUGCACAGCAGUCAAUCACUGAGACAUUUGAGAGAAGAGAGGGGGAGGAAAGGAUAUUGAUACAGAUGUCCUGUGUCUGGUGCCUUCUGGAGGUGAGCUGACUCCUGUGCAGGUCACUGGGGUCGUGUGAGCAGCAGGAAUAUGUGGGACGGCCAGUCUGAGGCGUGUCAGGCGCACGCCCUGUUCGAUGCCUUAGUGCAGGCCGCCACAUGCAGGGAGACCCUCAGGGCCUUCCAGGAGCUGUGUAAAGAGCUGAAGCUUCAUCCCGGCGGUCAGCCGCAGUUCUACCACGCUCUGAGGAGCAGACUGCACGACUGGAAGGCCAAAGCACUAUGGGCCAAACUGGAUAAAAGAGCCAGCCAAAGAGAGUACAUGAGAGGCCAUGCUUGCACCAGCACCACGUGUCUGAUCAUAGGUGCAGGUCCAUGUGGAUUGCGGACGGCUAUAGAGCUGCGAUUUCUGGGUGCCAGGGUGGUUCUGGUGGAAAAGCGAGAUGCUUUCUCACGGAACAAUGUUCUUCAUCUUUGGCCCUUCACCAUCCAGGACCUCCGUGGUUUGGGGGCCAAAAAGUUCUACGGGAAGUUCUGUGCUGGAGCCAUAGACCAUAUUAGUAUUCGUCAGCUGCAGCUGAUGCUUUUGAAGGUCGCCUUGUUAUUGGGAGUUGAGGUUCAUGUGAAUGUGGAGUUCAAACAUUUAGUGGAACCUCCAGAGGACCAGGAGAAACGUGUUGGCUGGCGAGCAGAGGUCCAUCCCAGCUCUCAUCCAGUCAGUCAGCUGGAGUUUGAUGUGGUUAUUGGAGCAGACGGUAGAAGAAACACUUUACCAGGUAUCUGCAAAAACACAUGGUCUCGAGCCUGUUGUGAUCACAGAUUAUCCAAUCAGAAAUGCAACAAACAGAUGCUUCAGUUGGUGAUUGGUCAUGAUAACAGUGUCUUCCUGGUUUCACACCAUUUCGUAACUUUAGUUCCCUAGU